GGGGGCAGUGUGGGUGGGGGGCGGAAUAUGCGCCACCGUCCAGCUCUGCACGUCGGGGCCAAAGCGCCGGGUCUCCGCGGGAUGGACGUCCGAGCUGAAUGACGUGAUUUCUUCCAGCCACACAGAAGGUUCUGCGGUCGCAGCGCGUUUUCCAGCGGGAAUGUGAAUGCUGGAUGCUCCCGUGAUGUCGCGUCACCCCGGACCAACGGGACCAGCGGACAGAUAUAGAUUCAAUAUAGGAAGUUUAGUCUGAUUUAUUGUUAUUUUUCUUAAUCAGUCUGGAAUUGUGCGGCGGUCAGACGGAGGUACAUAUUCUGUUGUCACUUGAGAGUGGCAGGUUGUUUUCUGAUAUUAGUGGAAUGAGGUUUAUUCUGGACUACAGCACUCUCCGGGCAAUUAAAACACAAACUACAAACGACCGAUUUCAUCUCAGGGGCAACAAGAUAAAGUUAUUCUUCCCGCACUGAGGAUGCCACCGUGGGUGUCCUUUCAAGGAAGGGAGCCCGGGGAAUGAAAUGAAAGCCGGAUUUCUGCGCCUUUAGUCGGACACAGAAGCAAAGGAAGGAGACGGCCGGAAAGCCACCUUCUUUUCUUUUCGUUUUUUUGGGGUCUUUUUUGGAUUGGUCCAAAAUAUUUAUUUUUUUUCUGCGCUGCCCUUCGACUCCUGCACAAUGGGGAUUAUGCUUCAAGUUAUUCUAGGAAUGUUUCAAUUCCUGCUGCUAACCAGAAUACCGACGUCCCAUGCGAAGCUCGCCCACUGGCGGCCGGCUGACUCCCCAAAAUCCAGAGAAGGCCGGGAAGUGCGGCGGUGGCUGGAGGUUUAUUCGCGCAGCGCCUGCGAGCCUCGGGACACUCUGGUGGAGAUUUGGCGGGAGUUGCCGGGGGAGACGCACCAUCUCUUCAUCCCGUCCUGCGUGUCGGUGCGGCGAUGUGGCGGCUGCUGCGCUGACGAGGCCCUGGAGUGUGUUCCCUCGCUCACACACACGCUCACCAUGGAGCUGAUGAGAACCUCCUUCAUGCAACACGAGCUCAUCGAGCUGCCCUUCGUGGAGCACAGUCAGUGUGAGUGCAGAUUAAAAGAACAAAUCCAGCCGACCUCGACAACAAGGCCCGCUCUGAAGCCCACGAGAACAGGCAAGAAAAGGGAGAGAGGAAAGUCCAGACAGAAGACUGCAGCCGUCAGAGCCGCGACCCACGCGGCCCCAACCCUUCUGCCGCCGUCCUCUCCUCCUUCGGCCACGCCUCCUCCCCCGUCAUCCCCGCCCUCCGGCCUCGCUCCCCUCCCGUCGCCGUCUCCGAGGCCUCGGUGCCGCCCCUGCAGAGGGAGGAAGUGGGCCGUGGAUGCCGCGUCGUGCCGCUGCCGCUGCGCCGUCACGGCCGAGAGCUGCGCGCGGAAAGGCCGGACGCUCAACCCUCGCCGCUGCAGGUGUGAUGCCCUGAGGACCUGAUGUGUCUACUCACUUUCUCUUCACCUCCUUCCUCCCACCCACCCCUGUUGAUCCAUCGGCCAUCCUCAGCAUCAGUGCCGCGUAGCGCGCAGCCGGCGGGACGUCCAGUAGCGUCCGAUUGAAGCCCACACACACACACACACACAUGUAGCAGCACUCUUAAGUUAAGCCUGAAUAUAGACCAACGUAUGCAUGUGCAGCCAAACAUCUUACCACCUCCUCUGCUUCCAUGGCUAAGCUUGUGUCAGUCCACAUGAACACGCGUGUACAGACAUGUAGAGUCAAAACAACAACAACAACAACAACAACAACACGUCCCAUGAGUGGAGGGGAGAGGAGGCAGCUUGCUGUGCUGUGGUGCUUUAAGUCUGAACUCACGAUACAAGGGAGCAGUGGAGACACACGACUGAUUACACGAGAACGGCGGAUGCGACCCGGCCUCGCGCGAGAGAAACCUACGUACUGACGCCUCGAGGUUUUGUUGAGGCAGAUUUUCCCCGAGGCGAGGUCUAAGGGCCCGACUUCUGUCCGCAGGGGUUUGAGAAGCGACGGAUCACGGAUGGACACGUCACGCAAUUCACAUACCAGAAGGCCGUCCGCAUGAACUGGCACCCCAGUGUGCGUGGACCUAUAGCUGAGCUGAAUGCCCCGGGAUGGAGAGUAUCUGUGUGGUCCCUCCCCGCUGAAAGACCCAGAUGGGAUAUCCCUGCAGCCGCUCUCCCCCAUUCAAAGAGCACGACCACGGGGCCGGCUCUCCAAGCCGCUCUCCGGCAUUUGUUUAAUUUGGGUCCUUUGUCUCCGUCUUCCCUCGGCUCCCCGGAUUGAAAGCAGCCGCUUUGCCUCUCUUUGCCUCUCCUUUAGGCAGUGAGCAGAAUGACAAUAAUGAGGCCUGGCGGCUGUCCACCGCUUCACAAACACACACACACACACACACACAAACAUUCGCGCGUAUAAUACUAGAAACACAGACGACACUGCAAAGGCAGACACACACACUGAACCUCACUCGCUCUGUGCUUAUAGCAGGCGCACAUACAUCCAUAUUUACACACACUCACGCAAUGUGAAUGCAGGUAGCCAUGAACAUUUUAUUUGUGCCACAUCCAGUGUGCAAAUGUACACAAGUUAGUUGUUUCUAUCUGCAAUAUACUGCCAAGUCUUCAUUUAAUAUUGUAUUCCAUGCCUCUAUUUUAUUAUAAUUCUAUCAAGUUGAUUGAAAUUUCUCUAUUGUAGAAUGCGAGUCUUUUGUUUUGUUUGUUCAUCUUUAAUCCGGCUGCAUAAAGAGUCACGCUGGGUGGCCGUUCUAUGUACACGCAUUCAGCAUUUCAACCCACACCCAAAUGUGUUGAGUUCAAGCGCGCGGCUCACACGCCACCACACAUGGGAGACUAGAUGCAUUAUAAUGCGUCAUUCAAACAGUCGGCGGGGGCUGCGGCACAUAGAAACCAAGCUAAUAGCCGUUCCCAAGUGCGGGGAAUGAAAACGCGGCGGGGUUUUUUUUGUUUGCAUGUGGGAGCCGGCAAGGAAAGAGUAUUAUUCACUCGGGAAGUAACCUGUUUGUAUUCUGACCCAAUCUCACGGUUUAACUCCACGUUAGUUCAUGACUGCUCGGCCACUGGGUGGGAGCUUUGACUUUAACUCUGGCGUUUCCAGGAGGGACGAGGCCUGCAGCAGCUGGGGCUGAAGCCAGAGCUCGGGGGACCCAUAGUGACGGCUCUUGGAGUUUAUAAAACCCUUUGUCCUGUGCCAAACUUUACCGAGAACGUUUGUACCAGUGCAUCUAAUCUCCAUGACAAACAGUAGCUUUGAAAUUCCAUAAUUAACGUCUCUCCUCUUCCCGGCAUUUGUACGAUCCUGCUGAUUAAAACAGCCCACAGGCCGAAAUUAUUUGUGAGACAGCCAUGAGCUGAAGAACUUUGUUUCGGUCGCUGGUGUGAUAAGCUCUCUGUAUUUAUACUCUCCUGAGAUGAGAUUAUUUUUCCACGCUUGCGUCCAUUGUUCAGUGUCUUUUAUUCCUAUCGAUCAAACGAUGCUUCAAUCACUACCUCUAUAUCAAACCAUAUUAAUGACCAAGUAUUAGAGCCUCGUUGUUACUUUCUCGUGUUAUUUCAGACCUCUUUUUAAGAUAAUAAUGCUUUUAUUUACAUUUAGCAAUAAGCACAGUCUAAUGUAGAUAACUGGACCUGCAGCAGAUCUGUGGUGGUAAUCACUGGUUUAGAGGAACCUAUAGGAGUCUUCUGUGUGCAUCUUAAUAAUCAAAUGAGAAGCAUUUGUUAAUACGAGGAGAAAGAAACUGGUCCUCUGAGUACAGACCAGACACUGUGUGAUAAUGUGGAACAGUAGAAGGUGCCCCAAAGCAUUUGUAGCCUCAAACUACCGAUGAUGUCGAAGUCUCGGAUUUAAACGAUAAGUUUUGCAUCUCGGGAAAUACACUCAUUCCCUUUGUUAUACAAGAAGAGUUAGACCCCACUCAUGUCUGUACUAGAUGGAGCCAGAGCCAGCGAUAUCUUAGCAUAAAGACUGGAAACAGCUCCCUCUCCAGCCUCCCUGAACCUCAGUAGACAUUGCACUUGUUUGAGAUUGUAAAGCACAUGCUCUACAUUAGCCCGCGGAAGGAAACCGCAGAGGGAGUCAGACUGAAAAGCGCCACUCCGCAGACAUGUACGACAUCUCAAAGACAUCCCGCCCCCUAAAGAGUUGUGGCGCUGAGAUCUCUGUUUCCACGGCCUCUCGGGUUCAUUCCUGUUCUGAACAAUAAAAGCAGAACAGCAAACUCCCUUUGGGAAGCGACAGCAGUGAAAGACCAGGCGUCCCACGUGCUCGAAACCAACCUACGGCCAUUUUGCUGCAUGUCAUCCACGAAAGGUCAUCCUUAAAAUAAAAAAAAGCAGUUAGCCGUCGCAGUUGUCUGCCAUCGUGUCAACGUCCCGACUCUUUAAGAUGUACAACGUGGACGUAUUAAUAUCCUACUUAGAUGUCAGUGUGCUUUGUAUCUGCACAGUCUACAUGGUACUGUGAAGGUAGCCCUGUCCUCGCCCCCCUUGGCCUUUAGAGACCUAUAUGACAUUUUAGAAUCUCUAGCCUGGCCUUGUGUAUGGCGUAGCACAUACUUUAGAGAUGUAUUUGUGACUUCAUUUUAGCUAUACCUUGCAAUUGAUCUCUUCGCUGCCAAUACAUCGUACUACUGUAGCCUAUGUAUAAAGAAAACACUCUUUUUUUGCUGCUACACCAUUUGUGCCCUAUUAUGAUGUCUUUGUAGAAAACAAUGCAGUCCUAUGUUGUGUUAGUAUUUAAAUGCCAAUUAAUUCUAUGUCCACAUAAAACGUCUGUACUACCUUGUCAAAUAUAUUGAAAAUGAUACCAGGAUACAACCGUGAUGUUACAUGUCAUUAAAGGAAAUGUCUUAUUUUUCGUAUAAACUUCUUCUUUUCUUCCUGUCGCUGUUUAUCCACUGCUCUGACGUCAUCGCCCCCAUCUCUUUGUUUUAAUCUCUCCUUUGACGAUAAUGAAAGGUAAACAGACACUUCUGAUUACAGGGACACCCUGGGAGUCGGGCACAGGCAAAGUGUGCGUGUGUGUUGUGGUGUUAUGAGAGCUAAUAUUGUUCCUUCGCCUCCUCUUGUUUAUCCUGCUGAGUCAGAAGCUGCUCGGGUCCACACGUGUGCGUCCCCACACAAAAAGUUAAUUUACAGUUAGGAGUCACUUACCUAUACUCCACUAUACCUUUUUAGAUCCUUGUAAUGUCAUUUUUAUUUAUUUUAAAGCUAAUCCUACUCUUUAUAACCAAUUCAAGUUAAAUGUAUCUUUAAAUGUGUUAAAUGCCCAAUAAAAGAAUCAGUUUGA